CUGAACACCAGCCCCCAUCUCUCGAACCCUCCAAGGGACAACCCCGGGCCCCUUAUACUGAAAAUGCUUCAUGUUGAACCUUGUGGUCGGCAGUCCGGACCCGGGCACUACAUACAAUGCCCGACCAAGGUCAGCAUAAUCACAACAGCAGAACAUCAAAACUGUAGACGCUGCAAAUACAGUACUCAGCAGGUCAGGCAGCUUAUGUGUAGAGAGAAACAGAAUCGACGUUCCAGGCCUUUCGACAGAAAGUGAGAAAACAAGAGUUUUGAAAUGCUGAGAGGGAGGGAUAAAACAAAGGUCAAAUGUGAUAGCGAAGCCAGUGUUUCCCAAGUUGUUUUGUUUACAGAAUUGCCUGUUCAAUCGUUUAAAGACUGAGAGAAAACACAAAAAUGGAAUAUGUAAACGGCGAAGUGCAGGUCAGAGCUGUUCAACCGGACAAAAAGGAGAAUGCUGGAAAUGCCAGCACACCAGUCAGUGUUUCUCGGGGGCUGAAAUCCGUUCCCACGUGUUAUUUUUAGUCCUUUGUCAGUCGUCUCCAUUCAGUGUCCCCAGACUGUUGAGCCCUUAGCCAGUGAGAACAACAUCUGCCUACUCUGUUUAUGCCUUUCUGAUCUUAAAUUCUUGCAAGCUCUCUUAGAACAAUUCUGGCUUCUCCAGUACAUCCAUUUAACUAAAGACCCUUAUCCUUGGAAUUAUUAUCAUAAAUCUCUUCUGCGACUGUUGUAGGUUACAACAGGACAUUUUAGGGUGCAGAGCUGGCUGAGAAGUGGCAUAGAGCUUAGAUACUUAUUAAAUGGCAGAAAAACUUAAUAACUAUUUUGAGUCCAUCUUCACCCUGGAAGACACCGCCAGUAUGCCACAAUUUCGAGAGUGUCAGGGGGCAGAAGUGAGUGUAGUUAUUAAGGCAGAGAUCCUUGGCAAGCUGAAAGGUCUGCAGGUGGAUAUGUCAUCUAUAUCAGAUAAACUACACCCCAGGGUACUGAAAGAGGUAGCUGAAGAUAUCAUGGAGGCAUUAGUAGUGAAUUUUCAAGAAUCACUGGAUGCUGGAAUGGUUCGAGAGGACUGGAAAAUAGCAAAUGUCACUCCACUCUUUAAGAAGGGAGUGAGGCAGAAGAAAGGAAACUAUAGGCCAGUUAGCCUGGCUUCAGUAGUGGGAAGAUGUUGGAGUCGAUUAUUAAGGAUGAGGUUUCAGGGUACUUGGAGGCACAUGACAAAAUAGGCCAAAGUCAGCAUGGUUUCCUUAAGGGGAAAUCUUGCCUGACAAAUCUGUUGGAGUUCUUUGAGGGAGUAACAAAGGAGAGUUAGUGGAUGUUUACCUGGAUUUUCAGAAGGCCUUUGUGCUGCACAUGAGGCUGCUUAACAAGAUAAGAGCCCAUGGUAUUACAGGAAAGAUACUAGCAUGGAUAGAAGAUUAGCUGAUUAGCAAGAGGCAAAGAGUGGGAAUAAAUGGGCCUUUUCUGAUUGGCUGCCAAUGACUAGUGGGGUUCCAUAAGGGUCUGUGUUGGGACCACUUCUUUUCACAUUAUAUGUCAAUGAUUUGGAUGAUUGGUUUGUGGCCACGUUUGCAGACGAUACAAAGAUAGGUAGAGGGGAAGGUAGUGUUGAAGCAGGGAGUUUGCAGAAGGACUUAAACAGAUUAGGAGAAUGGAAAAAGAAGUGGCAGAUAGAAUAUAGCGUAGGGAAGUGUAUGAUCACGUACUUUGGUAAAAGGAAUAAAGGCAUAGGUGGGGAGAAAAUUCAAAAAUCAGGUGCAAAAGGACUUGGGAGUCCUUAUGCAGGAUUCUUUAAGGUUAAUUUGCAGGCUGAUUUAGUGGUAAGGAAGAUAAAUGCAAUGUUAGCAUUCAUUUCAAGAGGACUAGAAUAUAAAAGCAAGAAUGUAAUGCUGAACCUAUAUAAGCCAUUGAUCAGACUGCACUUGGAUUAUUGUGAGCAGUUUUUGGCCCCUUAUUUAAGAAAAGAUAAGUUGGAAUUGCAGAGGUUCCAGAGGAGGUUCAUGAGAAAGAUUCCAGGAAUGAAAGAGUUAAUGUAUGAGGAGCAUUUGAUGGCCCUGGGCCUGUACUCGCUGGAGUUUAGAAGAACCAGUGGGGGGGCGGGGGGAUCUCAUUGAAACCUAUCAAAUAUUGAAAGGCCUCAAUAGAGUGGAUGUGGAGAGGGUGUUUCCUGUGUGGAGGAGUCUGGGACCAGAGGGCACAACUUCAGAAUAGAAGGAUGUCCAUUUGGAACAGAGAUGAGGUGGAAUUUAUUUAGCCAGAGGUUUGGGAAUCUGUGAAACUCCUUGCUACAGAUGGCUGUGGAGUCUAUGACAUUGGAUAUAUUUAAAGCAGAGGUUGACAGAUUCUUGAUUAGUCAGGCAUCAAAGCUUACGAGGAGAAAGCAGGAGAUUGGGGUUGAGUGGGAUAAUCAAUCAGCCAUAAUGGAAUGGUGGAGUAGAGGUCUAGUAUAGAACAGUACAGCACAGAGGCCUUCAGCCCAUCUAGUCCAUGCCAAACUAUUAUUCAGUCUCAUCCCAUCAACCUGCACCUAGAUCGUAGCCCUCCGGACCUCUCUUAUCCAUGUGUGGAUCCAAUUUUCUCUUAAGUGUUGAAAUCGAACUCUCACCACACUCUGAGUGAAGAAGAUCCCCCUCAUGUUCCUCUUAAACAUCACACCUUUCGUCUUUAACCCAUGACUUCUAGUUCUAGUCUCACCCAACCUCAAUGAAAAAAGACUGCAUUUACCUUAUCUGUGUCCCUCAUAACUUGUUAUACCUCUCUUUCCAUUUCUUACACUCCAACCAAGCAAUAAAGUCCUUACCUAUACAACUUUUCAGGUCCUCAAACCUAGCAAUAUUCUUGUAAGUUUUCUUUGCCCUCUUUUAAUUGUAUUGAUACAUUUUGUGUAGGUUGACCAAAACUGCAUGCAAUACUCCAAAUUAGAUCUCACCAACUUCUUAUACAACUUCAACAUAACACCCCAACUCUUGUAUUCAGUACUUUGAUUUAUGAAGGCCCAUGUGCCAAAAGCUUUCUUUAUGACCCUAUCUACCUGUGAUGCCACUUUCAAGGAAUUAUGGAUCUGUCUUCCCAGAUCCCUUUGUUAUACUGCAUUCAACAGUGCCUUACCGUUCACUGUGUAAGACCUACCCUGUUUGGUCCUACUGAAGUGCAACACCUCGCACUUGUCUACAUUAAAUUCCAUUUCCCAUUUUUCAACUCCUUUUUCCAACCGAUACAGAUCCCUCUACAGGCUUUGAUAGUCUUCCUCGCUGUUCACUAUGCAACCAAUCUUGGUGUCAUCUGCAAUUGCAGCUGGAGUUCAAUCUGUAAAAUUGUGAAAUGGUUCUCUUUGGAAGGUCAAACUCAAAGGCAGAGUACAGGGUCAAUGACAGGGUUCUUUAGCAGUGUGGAGAAACAGGGAUUUAGAGGUUCACAUCUGUAAAUCCUCAAAGUUGCAGCUCAAGUUAACAGGCUGUGGAAGCUUUUGAGAGGUUGCAAAAGAAAUUUAUCAGGAUCCUGCCUGGAUUAGAGAGCGUGUCUUAUGACGGUAGGUUGAAUGAGCUAGGGCUUUUCUGUUUGGUGAGGAGGAAUAUGAGAGCUGAUUUGCUUUACAAAAUGAUAAAAGACAUGGAUAGAGUAGAUAGCCAGAGACUUCUUGCCAGGAGAAAAUGGCUAUUGAAAGGAGGCAUAACUUUGAAGGUGUUUGGAGGAAAUUCGAAUGGAGGUGGCAGAAGAAUGUUUUUUACACAGAGUGGUAGGUGUGUGGUACACGCUGCCAGGGGUGGUGGUAGGGGCAAAUAAAUUAGGGGCAUGUAAGAAACUCUUGAGGCAGAUGGAUGAAAGAAAAAUGGAGAGCUCAGUGGAAGGAAGGGUUAGAUUGAUCUUAGAUUUGGUUAAAGGGUCAGCACCACAUUUUGGAUCGAAGGGCCUGUACUCUGUUGUACUAUUCUAUGUUCUAACUGUCCUUAGCCCUCUGAAAAUAUUUAGCCUUAGCCUGUGGUCAGUUUUCCCAUACAUAAACCCAGCUGGCUUUUGUUUGAGUUGAGUUCAGUUAAGGUGAUCGGCCUGCAAAGCUGGGAUGUUGGAUAUCCAACGAACACAAGUCAAAAAUAUCUGUCCGGAUUGCUGAUUUCCACUGUUGGACAUGGCUUUGUAUCACAGGAGGUAAUCAACAUGCUCGCUGUGUGAGAACCUUCUCAGUUACUGAUGCCAUGAAUGCACUGAGGCCAUUCUACCUCGCUGUACACCCAGAUUUCUUUGGCCAACAUCCGAGAGAGAGGGACGUGAAUGAGAAUUCUCUCAAGAAGCUGAAUAACCAUCUGGAGUGUCUGCAGCGACCUGGGCACAGAACUCCUCAACCGACCCAGCUCACUUUCUAUGUCAGAGAGACCGCAGGCAAUGCGAGUGUUGCUCAGUGCGUGAAUACUUCAGGGUUUCGAAUUGUCAGCUUCACCCUUCAUACUCAGGACCUUCUCAGUACUGUUGUAAAUAUCUUGAAAUGCUGCAAUUUAUCCAGUGACCAUGUGCAGCAGUCAGAGGUUGCUGUGGACUUCUCUCAUAAAAAUGGAACCAUUCCAUUCAGUCGACCCAUCCGGUGGGAUAAGACGUAUUACACCUUCACAGGAUACCAGGACCCAGAGGAGGAGCUGGGUUCCGCUCGGCAACUGGAACCUACACUCAGGUUGUGGUUGAAUAAAAAUGUAUCUCUCGCCUUAGAAAGACUGACUGCCAGUCUUCCACUGCGAGAUGACCUUCAACGCCUAAAAACAGAGCUUUGUCAGCAACUGGAGAUAACCGAUAUCAGAUGGCGGAAGAGUUGGGGAGUGGCUCAUCGGUGCAGCCAGCUGCACAGCCUGAACCGAUUUGCCCAGCAGAACUCUGCAGUCUUGCACAAUAUCAAAGGGUGUACAAUAAUUUUUGCAGAGCACUCUGGAAUGAAUGCCGCAGGGCAGAUUAUGUUGGGAACUGUAGAUGUCCAUCAUCACUGGACAAAACUGUUGGAGAGGUUGCCUACCUACUAUGAUCUUCACCACCAUGUUUGCUUGUUGGAAGAGAGGAUCAGCUUCCUUCUGGGAGACAUGGAGUUAAUUUACAAUGAAGACCUGCAGCCUGUGAUGAUGCUAGAGGAUUAUUACAGAAUGUUAACAGUCUUCCAUCAGAAUUUGACUGUCAACCGACCUCUGUUUCAUCCACGAAGUCUAAAAGGACUGCAGAUGAUUCUAGAAAAAGGCUCUUCUGCACCUAUUCUUCUUAAGACAGGCCAGCUGAGAGUGCCCGUCACUUGUGACCCCACUGCCUUGCAGUGGUUUAUUCUGAGCCACACACAAACAGCCAGAGAUUUCCUGAGGAACGAGGAGGAGUUAAAAGUACAACAGGAAGAUCUAAUCAAAGCUUGCACAGAGAGGUUUUGGCUCAAGAGACUGUACAAAGAGCAAAGUGUAUCCAGCGAACAGAUGAUACAGUCAUGUAAAAGACUGCUUGAGGAACAGAUGGAGUUAUCUGGGAUACACCUGUGCAUUUCACAUUUCUACUCAGUGUUACAGGAUGGUGACUUGUGCAUUCCCUGGAACUGGAAACAGUAGAUGGGGGAAAAAAAGCAGAGAAAACAUUUGGGUGGUUUCUGCUAGGAUGGAACAGUGCCAGGUGACUACAUGAAAUUCACAUGUGAAAACUGGACAUCUGCAUUGUUUUUUUUGGAAGUGCAGUUGACAUCCAGGGCUGGGAAAUCCUAGCUUGGCAACUGUAUUCUGAUUUGUGCGAAUAUAACAGCAUAUAAUAUGCCAAAUGUGAUGAGUCCCACCAAUUCUUCCAUCUGACUCGUCGUUCUUGGUAUUUCCACGAGUGCAGCCAGUUCGUACUCAGGCAAGAGGAUUUGCAAGCCUCCUUCAGUGAAGGAAAUACGAAUGCAGGCAGUUUUUGGCUGAGAUUUUGAAGCUUCACAAAGGAUUGUGGAACUUACCCAUUCUCUCAGCAGGAAUCUUUGUGCAAGAUUAGUGAAAUCUUGGUGGUGAUUACAGGAAUGCUUACAUAAGGAAGAGUACAAUGAUGCUUGGGCUUAGCCAAUGAUAGCCCAGAAUUGCACUGCAAAGAAAUUCCUCCAAAAUCCAAAGGAGAAAAUAACAGCAAAUACCAUCCAAAGAGGAAAGAAAGAGACAUAGUACUGCAGGUGCUGUUAUCUGCUGGAGGAACUCAGCAGGUUGAGCAGCAUCGGAAAAAUUCUUCAUCUUCAGAAUAAGUCCUUUCCUGAUGAAGGAGCUGCAGGUACAUUUGACCCUCAGACCUGGAAGCUGAGCUGUUAUAACUCUUCAUUGAACUGCAGUCCUUGAGGUGGUGUGUACCCGGUCUGGGCUGGUUAGAUGCCGUGGAAUUGCUGCCUCUGUUGUGGUUUAUUCUGUUGACUGCAAUUCUUCAGCAGGACACCUUCACAAAUGAAGCUAGUUAUCAACUGCAAGCAGAAUAUUUCAAAGUCAAAUGGUUUAUUAUACAGUGAUUAGCAAUUUGAUGUAAAGUACUACAGUGGAUUCUGGUUACAUGGGGCAGCCACUUAUUUGGAACAACCCUUAAAGAACAGAAUUGGGAAAUAAGUCGGGAUUCCCUUUGUUUAUUUGGAACAUUAUGCUGCUUAACUGAGACAGGAGACUGUUACCAAACAGGUUUCACCUAGAAUCUGUGGCAUGCACUUGUGUGGCCAUUAGGUAUUACGUGCGUAGAGAGAACACUUCAUAAAUAGCAUCGGAUGUGUGGGUUUGUGUUCAAAGAACAGUGAUUUUUGUCACUGAUAGUUGGUGAGAAAUAAGCAGUAAGACAAUUCGGAACUGUUUUCCUCACUACAGUUUCAAAUAUUCAGACUUGGGGAUGCCAAAAGGGGCUAGGAGUGAAAAUUCGACUAUUUUGCCACCAGCAAGUAGGAACUACCAAGUAUUUGAAAGCAACGACAAUCACCUUGAAAUUUACAAAAAAAAGAUUUGGAGAAUACUAUCGUCGAAAGCAUUAUACGAAGGCAGUUCGUUAUUUACACUAGGUGUCUGCGCUGAAUUUGUUCAUUUACAGUCAAUCAAAAGAACACAACAGCAUACACUAGAUGAAUUCCUCUGAUAAUUAUGAACUAAUACAGUUUUAUAGUACUGUAGCAGUAUGGGUAGUGUUCUAAUUUGUUCUGUAUUUCAUUUAAAUACAUAAUUUGUUACUCAGAUAAACGGUAGUUUGUCUUUUUUAUGCCUUUUUUACAAAUUCCAUGAAACUUCAGCUAAUUGGAGCAGCCACUUAAUUGGGCCAAAAUCUAUUGGUCCCAAUGUGUCCCAGUUAACCAGAUUCCUCUGUAUUAAUGUUCAAGCUGAACUAAUACCUUUGAUACUAUUAGCCAAAGUGCCAAACCUUGCCUCCCAACCUCAUUUUCUGUUCAAGGCACCUGAGGGCAGAGGAAUAUUACAAACUGAAAAUCUCUUCUUUUGCAAUGUUGACCGUUACGCAUUUUAUUUGAAGCUUUGGUUCUGAAAUUCGAGUGGCUGCCAGCAGUCUGUCCACUGCUGCUGCUUAUUCUCCAUUUGCAAAUGAACUUUCAUCUUCAUACCUUGAGAAUACAAAAGCCAGUAAAUUAAAAUACCUCCUUGAACGUGAAACAACGAAUAUGUUCCAAAAAAUGAAUAUCUUCUCAGCACAAUCUGCUGAGACACUAGGACUCUGAAUAUUGCUUGCAUUUGUUACUAGAAACAUUUUCAUUGCCAAUAGCAUUUCCAGUUCUAACAGGAAACAAGGAAUUGGGAGUAGUUCAUGUUACAGGUUGAGUACCCCUUAUCUGAAAUCAAGUAGGGUAAGUAGGUUGUCCCGUGAUUAGGUUAGGGUUAAAUUGAGGGUUGCUGGUCGCACAGCUCAAAAGGCUGGAAGAGCGUAUUCUGCGCUGUAUCUCUAAAUAA